AUGGUGAAAAAGAUCAAAGGACCAGUGGGUUCCUCAAAAGUCAAAGAGCAAUGAAGAGAAGUCUAUGACAAGAUAGCCAAAAUGAGAGAGACUAUUCAAGCUCCAGUAGAUGUGGAUGGUGCAAUCGCUACUUUUGAUAAUUCUAUUGAUCCAAAGUUAGCACGUUUCCAAACUUUAAUCGGAAUCCUUUUAAGUGCUCAAACAAAAGAUGCUACAACUGCUCGCGUUGUUGAAAAUCUUAAAGCUAAUGGUUUAACUCCACAAAGAAUGGCAGAGAUCUCUCUUAAAGAUUUAUCUGAAGAAAUCCAUGGGGUUCGCUUUCAAAACAAUAAAGCAAAGCACAUUAAAGAAACUGCUCAAAUUUUAUUAGAAAAAUAUGAUGGUGAUGUUCCUAAUGAUUUUAAAACAAUAGUAUCUUUGCCUGGGGUAGGCCUGAAGAUGGCUCAUAUGUUUCUGCAAGUUUGCUAUGGCAGUGUGGAAGGUAUCGCUGUAGAUACUCAUGUCCAUAGAGUUGCAAAUAGACUUGGUUGGGCUAAGUCCAAAAAACCUGAUGAUACUAUGGAGCAAUUGCAAGAUCUUUUGCCAAGAGAAUUGUGGGAUCAGGCCAAUACAAUUUUGGUAGGUUUCGGACAAGUAAUUUGUACCAAAAAGAACCCAAAAUGUGAAGAAUGCGAAGUAAAGAAUCUUUGUGAAUUUUAUAAUGCAAAGAAGAGGAAAUAA